CCGCUCAGCCCCCUGCCCCCGCCGCCUGCUGGGCCGGCCGAGGAUGCAGCGCAGCGCCUCGGUGGCCAGGCUCGCUCUGCUCCAGCGUGCUUGCUAACUUCCCCGGCUCCGUCCCAGCCUGCCGGGGCCGCACCGUGUCCUCUCGCUCUCCGGGUCCGGUUCUCUAAGCUCUCUGGGAGCUGCCUCCGGGCUCCUUGCAGCCCGCUCGCGAGCCCGCGCUCCCCUUCUGCGCCCCACCCUCGUUCUCACCAUGCUGCCCUUCGGCCUCGUGGCCGCCCUGCUGCUGGCCGCAGGGCCUCGGCCGAGCCUGGGCGACGAAGCCAUCCACUGCCCUCCUUGCUCCGAGGAGAAGCUGGCGCGCUGCCGCCCCCCCGUGGGUUGUGAGGAGCUGGUGCGGGAGCCUGGCUGUGGUUGUUGUGCCACUUGCGCCCUGGGCUUGGGGAUGCCUUGCGGGGUGUACACCCCACGCUGUGGCUCAGGCAUGCGCUGCUACCCGCCCCGGGGGGUGGAGAAGCCCCUGCGCACAUUGAUGCACGGGCAAGGCGUGUGCACGGAGCUGUCGGAAAUCGAAGCCAUCCAGGAAAGCCUGCAGACCUCUGACAAGGAUGAGAGUGAGCAUCCCAACAACAGCUUCAACCCCUGCAGCGCCCACGAUCACAGGUGCCUGCAGAAGCAUAUGGCCAAAGUGAGAGAUCGGAGCAAGAUGAAGGUUGUGGGGACACCUCGGGAGGAACCCCGUCCUGUGCCCCAGGGUUCUUGCCAGAGCGAGCUGCACCGGGCCCUGGAACGACUGGCCGCCUCGCAGAGCCGUACCCACGAAGACCUCUUCAUCAUCCCCAUCCCCAACUGUGACCGCAACGGCAACUUCCACCCCAAACAGUGUCAUCCUGCUCUGGAUGGACAGCGUGGCAAAUGCUGGUGUGUGGAUCGGAAGACAGGGGUGAAGCUUCCAGGGGGCUUGGAACCCAAGGGGGAGCUGGACUGCCACCAACUGGCUGACAGCCUCCAAGAGUGAGACCUGCCAGCAGGUGGGGGGACUCAGUGCCCCCUACUAGGUCCCUAUGCUCUGGGGAUUGUAGAGUUGACCUGGCAUGGAGUCUUGGCCUGAGUCCUGGCUCUCUGCCUCUGGCCCUGCCCAAAGUUUCCCUUGGUGUGUGUGUGUGUGUGUGUGUGUGUGUGUGUGUGUGUGUGUGGUGUGUGUGUUUAUGGGAUGUGCCCCACGGGGUAAACCUGAGCCUUGGCGUGCCCACAGUGGGCUUAAAUAGCCCAAGAGGUCUGAGUGUAGCAACAGGAAACCCCGGUGAGUUUUCAAGUCAAUCUUGAAUUCAUUCAUUCAUUCAUUCAUUCAGCCAUCUGAAAACAUCUAUUGACCACAUACUACAAGCCAGCUUUAGUUUUUGGCCCCAGCAAGCCUCAUCCUGAUUUCCUCUUGAUUGUGGGAUGCGAGGUGUUCCCAGCUAGAGGCCUGUGGGACAAAAGAAACCUCAUUCUUGGAGUCGGAGAGAAAGUUGUGAACAUUGAACACCCUCCCUCUCAAUGUGGCCAGAGUGUGGGAAGGAGUGGGGUAGAGGCUCGAAGCUCAUGAGACCCACCUCCGCUCUGUGCUCUGUAGGUCAUUCCUCAGGUCCUCCAGGGCACAAGCUUGAGGGACAGGGCCCAGCUUUGGGUCUGGGGAGUCAGUCAUCUGACAAUGCCUGGCAGAUGGAUCUCCACUGUGGGAGGGGGGUGGGGUGAGGAAGGCCUGAGGGACAGGGGGCAGAGAGGAGGGCUCGUCGAUGUGAGCAAACAGGAGAGAAGAAAGAAUGUGAGAUUGGAUUGCGUGUGUAUGAAGGAGAGGAAGACUCGUGCUGGGGGAUUAGCUGUGGGGGUCCUGUUCCAGUCCCUGUUUGUGGUGACUGGUCAUGAAGUAAGUCACCAGGAUGACCCUGUCUUUCCAACUGCCCACCACCUGUGGCUCUGUUCCCCCCACCCCAUAUUUCCCUUCCCUGACACCUCCUGUCCCAAUCUCUCUACCCCCCUGGGCAUUUUCUGGCUUGCCUGGAUAGAUUUAGAGACCUGCUUGUUGGCUAUAGCGUCUUUUCAUUCAUUCAUUCUUCUUUUUCUUUUUUUUAAAAAAACAAAAUGAAACAACAAAACCAAAAAGUAUCCAGA